GGACGCUCCGUCCAGCAGCAACUUUUCGGUUUGCUGUCCUGUUUGAGAACGUUGCCUUUCCUUCCGGGAAAUGAGCCUUAGCCCCUCUAAGGUUGCGCCAGGGGUGGAGCCGGAGGGGAAGCCGGAGCCCGAGUCAGCGUCACAGAAGCGGGAGCCGGAGGCGGGGCCUGCGCCAGACCCCCCGGGCGGGUGGGAUCUGGGGGCAGGGCAGGAGUCAGAGCCGCCCCCCUCCUCAAGGCAGGAGUCGGAGCGGCUUUUGGAGUCAAGUCAGGGACAGGAACCCGAGGCUCGCUGGGCUUCCGGGCAGAGCGCAGAGCCACCAGGGGCGUCGGCGCAGGAGCCACCUUCAGGCCCGGUGCCGGCGAGGCGGGAUUCCUCUCUGUCGGCCUCACAGUUGGGAAAUCAGUUGUUUUCGAGCGCCCGCUGCCGCACUGACUGCCUGGAGGCGCCGCUCUCCCGCGCCUUCGGAUGGCUGGGAUGGAAGGUGGGCUCGCACCCCUGGAUCUUCCUGCUGGCCCCGAUGGUGCUGACGGCCGCUCUCGGCACUGGCUUCGUUUACCUGCCCAAGGACGAAGAUGAAGACCUCGAGGAGCAGUACACUCCGAUCGGCAGCCCGGCCAAAGCUGAGCGGCGCUUUGUGCGGGGACAUUUCACCACCAACGACUCUUAUCGUUUCUCCGCCUCCAGGCAGAGCACCGAGGUCAAUUUCGCGUCGAUUCUCGUGGUCUCCAACACUGCCUCGCUGCUGGAACAAGAAAUCUUAUCAGAAGUUAGUAAAUUGGACGACGCGGUGCAGGCUCUGUAUGUGACACAGGAAGACGGAACGCGGAUCCACUACAGUCAGGCGUGCGCCAAGAACCAGGGCCACUGCGUGCCCUCCAACCCACUUCUGGCCGCCUGGCGGGCGAACAAUAGCCUCAACCUGAAAAACAUCACCUUUCCCAUCUGCAACCAAAACGGCCAGCCCUUCUACCUCGCCAGCCUCGUUGGAGGCAUCGUCUUAGGCGAGAGCGUAGGAACGAACCAGUUACUCCUGGAGGCUAAAGCCAUGCGGCUGCUGUACUACCUGAAGACUGAGGACGGAGAGGACAACGAGCGGAGCAAGGCGUGGCUGAUCCUUUUCCUGAACCAGUUUAGCAGCAUUGAAAAGAGUCUGGCCCUGAAGAAGAUCCAGGUGGUCUACUUUACAUCACUCUCGCGAGAACUGGAAUUUGAGGCAACUUCUAUGACAGUGAUCCCUUUGUUUCACUUGGCAUACCUUCUAAUCAUAUUGUUUGCAGUCAUAUCAUGCUACAGGUGUGACUGUGUACGCAACAAAAUGUGGGUUGCAGCCUUUGGAGUGAUUUCUGCUGCCUUGGCAGUGGUGAGCGGCUUUGGCCUGAUGUUGUACAUUGGGGUGCCAUUUGUGAUCAUAGUUGCAAAUUCACCAUUUCUUAUUCUAGGUGUUGGGGUCGAUGACAUGUUUAUUAUGAUUUCUGCCUGGCAGAAGACCAGCCUCAUGGAUAGUAUAAAACAGCGGCUGUCCAGUGUCUAUUCAAAAGUGGCAGUGUCCAUUACAAUCACCACCAUCACCAACGUCCUGGCUUUCUAUACAGGGAUUAUGACCUCUUUCAGGUCCGUACAAUACUUUUGCAUCUAUACAGGAACAACCCUGCUCUUUUGUUAUUUUUAUAACAUCACCUGUUUUGGAGCAUUUAUGGCCCUCGAUGGUAAAAGAGAAGUAGUCUGUCUACGCUGGUUGAAAAAGUCAGAAACUCCUGACCAAAAAUGUUCCUCAUUAAAAAAGUCCUGCUGUCUCCCAUUUGAUUCUCUCCCAGAUGAACAGGAAGCUGAUAUUCAUCCAAUGAAUUUGUUCUUUAGAGACUAUUUUGGCCCUUUUCUCACAAGCACCGAGUCCAAGUUUUUUGUAGUGCUUUUAUACAUUUUGUACAUCAUAAGUAGUAUAUAUGGGUGUUUCCAAGUGCAGGAAGGUUUAGACCUUCGAAAUUUGGCAAGUGACGAUUCCUACAUCACACCGUAUUUUAAUAUUGAUGAAGAAUAUUUUUCAGAUUAUGGUCCCAGGGUUAUGGUUAUUGUUACUGAAAUUCUUGACUACUGGAAUAAAGAUGCUAGGCAAAGAUUGGAAAAAUGUCUGGCAGAUUUUGAAAACAAUGACUAUGUAGAUAAAAAUCUUACAGAGUUUUGGUUACGAGAAUAUGUGCGAUAUAUGGAAAAUAACAGACAAGAUAUAAAUGAUAAGAAUACUUUUAUAAACAGUAUUUCCAAUUUUUUAAUGGAUUUUCCACUUUUUGUGUAUGAUAUUAAUAUUUCAUCAUCACAUGAAAUCAUUGCUUCCCGGGCCUUCAUUCAGACCAUAGGUGUUUCUUCUGCAAACAAUAAGAAGAUGAUGUUAUUCCAGUUACGAAGCCUGGCUGAAAAGUGUGAGAUUCCCCUAAUGGUGUAUAACCAGGCAUUCAUAUAUUUUGAUCAGUAUGCUGCAAUAUUAGAAAACACUGUUCGAAAUGUCAUUGUUGCAUCAACAGCUAUGUUCAUCGUUUCCUUAUUGUUAAUUCCUCAUCCACUGUGUUCCUUGUGGGUAACUUUUGCUAUUGCUUCUGUGAUUGUGGGAGUCACGGGUUUCAUGGCAUUCUGGAAUGUCAAUCUUGAUUCCAUAUCCAUGAUUAAUCUUGUUAUUUGUAUAGGAUUUUCUUUCGAUUUUUCUGCACACAUUUCCUAUGCAUUUGUUUCCAGUUCAAAGCCCUCAGUAAACCAAAAAACAAUUGAGGCAUUGUAUCAGCUAGGCUACCCGGUGUUACAGAGUGCGUUUUCAACAGUAAUAGGGGUGUGCGUUUUAGCUGCAGCUAAAGCAUACAUCUUCAGAACAUUUUUUAAGAUUAUGUUUCUUGUCAUGGUAUUUGGGGCUGCUCAUGGCCUAAUUUUUAUUCCAGUAUUCUUAACCUUUUUUUGAAGGCUUGUUUGAAUAUCCACUAACAAAUCAACUACCAGUCAUAGAAUUCCUGAUUGCCCCAUUCCAAUCUGAUAAAAAACGCACUACUAAGAAUAGUCAAUAAACUAAAAACAAAGGCAUGUUUUCUUGGCUUGGAAAUCCCAUUUAAAAAUGUUAUUUAAAAUAUCC